AUGCAUCCUCACCUGCACACCAAGGACAACUUCGAGUGCGAAGACAUCAUGGUCGCCCUCGAAGAGUGCCACGCAAAGGGCUUCAUGUUCAAGUCCCUCGGUGGCUGCAACGACGCAAAGGACAAGGUCAGCGAGUGCCUCCGCGGCGCGCGCGCAAGGCGCACCGAGGCCAACCGGGCUGCUGCGAGGGCCAAGAGGGAGGAGCGCGAGAACCGGAUAAAGGAGCUCAACAAGUCGCUCGGUCUCGAUUAG